AUGAAGGAUGGUUAUUUGGUCUCUAUGUUAGAACGUUGCACUGUUUCUGGCGAUACCGUCAGCUGUCGCCUGACCUUGUGGGGAACAGCCAUCCAAGAAGUCGCAAAUCACAAAUCUUAUUCCAUCACAGAUGUGCGUGUAAAAAUCUUCAACUCCACCAAGUAUCUCACAUCUACUACAGCAACAACCUUUACAAUUGCUGAAGAAUCCUAUGAACCCCCAAGUGAAGAAGAUUUCUCCAGACUUUUCGAUGCCGUAUCAAAUUACGUUCCAAAAAUCCUACUGCCUGAUAGUUACAAGACUUGGCUCACGUGCGUGUAA